GUGACAGGACAAGACAGGCGAUCUGGGCGUUUAGGUCCAAACUUCAGCGGCCGACUGGUAGCAGAGACUCCAGAGAAGCAUGACUCGGUGUAACGUUUGCGUGAUGGCCCUGACGGCUGUGUUGCUGCUGGUUUUUGCCCCCGUCUCCAGGUCCAAUGACCUGAAGGGCAGGGAGUUUCAGGGGGCGUCGCGAAUCCCUUCUCAGUUCAGCGAAGAGGAGCACGUCGCUAUGAAAGAGGCGCUGAAAGGUGCCAUCCAGAUUCCAACUGUGUCUUUUAGCCACGAGGAGUCCAACACCACAGCCCUGGUUGAGUUUGGAGAAUACAUUCGUGAAGUCUUUCCUACAGUGUUCAAAACCAACUUUAUCCAGCAUGAAGUUGUGGGAAACUAUAGCCACCUGUUCACUGUCCAAGGCUCAGAGCCCAGCCUGCAGCCCUACAUGCUGUUGGCUCACUUUGACGUGGUACCUGCCCCUGAAGAAGGCUGGGAAGUGCCCCCCUUCUCGGGGCUGGAGCGUGAUGGCUUCAUCCAUGGUCGGGGAACGCUGGACAACAAGAACUCUGUGAUGGCAAUCCUUCAGGCCUUGGAACUCCUACUGACCAGGAACUACAAGCCUCGAAGAUCUUUCUUCAUUGCUCUGGGCCAUGAUGAGGAGGUAGAGGCAACUCACCCUAAACCUAUCUCUAGGGCCCCUACUGGGGGAGGCAGGUACUUCAACUGCACCAUCAACUGCACCCUGCAAAACAUUGGUGUAAUGGAAAAAGAACCAAACAGGGAAAUCAAUGACGGUGUUUUAUUUCCAGGAGUGCCACUUUGUGGACAAAUCACUGUACUCUCUGGGUCCCAGUUUCUUCAUUGUGAAAAUGAGAGGGGCUGGGUCCCUCCAGCUCUAGCAUUCCAGUAUUCUGUAAAACAGAACUGUCUCAGGAUUUCAGUCUCAGAGAAGGGUGCAAUUGACCUCAUGCUGCAAGUAAACACAACUUCAGGCCACUCUUCGGCUCCUCCGAAGGAGACAAGCAUUGGCAUCCUCUCAGCUGCUGUCAGCAGACUGGAGCAGACACCAAUGCCAAACAUGUUUGGAAGUGGGCUCUUGAAGACAGCAUUGCAGCAAAUGGCAAGCGAGUUUCCCUUUCCUCUCAAUAUAGUCUUGAGCAACCUGUGGUUGUUUCAGCCUCUGGUAAGCAGGAUACUGGAGAAAAAUGAGAUGACCAAUGCAAUGGUCAGGACCACCACAGCGCUUACCAUGUUCAAUGCAGGAGUCAAGGUGAAUGUCAUCCCCCCAGUGGCCAAGGCCACAGUCAACAUCCGGAUUCACCCUACACAGACAGUCACGGAGGUCCUAGAACUCAUCAAGAACAUUGUGGCUGAUGACCGAGUCCAGUUCCACGUGUUGAAAGCCUUUGACCCGCUACCCAUCAGCCCCACGGAUGACCAAGCCUUGGGCUACCAGCUGCUCCGCCAGACCAUACAGUCUGUCUUCCCGGAAGUCAAUAUUGUUACUCCAGGUACUUGUAUUGGCAACACAGAUAGCCGACACUACACCAACCUCACCACUGGCAUCUAUCUCUUCAACCCUGUCUACCUGCAGCCUCAGGCCUUCAAAAGCUUCCAUGGAGUCAACGAGAAAAUCUCUGUCCAAGCCUACCAGACCCAGGUGAAAUUCAUCUUUGAGUUGAUCCAGAAUUCUGACACUGACAGGAAGCCCAUUCCUCACCUGCAUGAACUGUGAAGUCAAGGAGCCAGCUGGGCUAGGAGUGCCCAGACAAACCCAAGGUUGAUGAGAGUCAUGGUCAAAACCACAUUGUAAUACGUGGCUCACCUCGCCCACUUCUCACUAUGUGGCCCAUUCCUCAACUCACCUAAGACAGGGCCAGUCAACUGACUGGCAUUUACUGCCUCCUGUCCCUCCUAUCUUGGAAGGGACAGGACCCCUCUGCUUUCUGCUGUUUAUUUCACUUCUCCACCUCUAGACCUGACUUUUCUCCACUGGUUUUACCUGAUAGAAGUGUUCAUCCAGGGCACUCUUGCUGGACUGCCUUCUCCAAGGCUCCUGUAUCUCUUCUUGCUAGAAAUUCCUUUCCCCUGUCAUCCCUCUCUCCUCAAACUCAUGAGCUGCCUCUUCGUCUCUUCUCUCCUGCCUCUGCAUUCCUCCCUGUACCCUCUGAUUUAUUCUACGUCUGGAACAGGACUUAGUCAAACGGGUGCUACCGUCAUUGCCACCACAAUGAUCAAAUAGAGAUCUGUGCAGCACCAACUGAACACUGAGGGGUGAACCUCAGGUGAGGGCUUUGGGGGACCCCAUACCUCCUGUCUCUGAAGGCUGGGGCCUAGAGAAGAAAUCCUCUGUCCUUGGGUUCCUCCCAAGGGCUCUCUGGGCUUUGCUCCCUCCCCUGCCCUGUUCCUGCCACCUGCUGCUGCUGUCCCACCCCAGGAGGCACUAAUCUGUGGAAACAUUUCCCUGGCACAUCUCGGGGCUGAGCUUCCCAGGGAAGGGCACUCAUGACCCAGCCUCUCAUUGGAGCUCAGGACCAGCAGAACCCUGGCCCUGGCCAGGUCCUAGUUCAGACUGAUCGAGGGGAAAUGGAGGGCAUGCAGGAGUGGUGGGGGGGAGACUGGCUUGAGGGGCUCUGCCCUGGGCCAGUGGGGUAGAAGGAGGCACAAGAUAGCCUCCAUUAGGCGACAGCAAAGCUUCUGUCUUUUUUUUUUUUUUUUUUUUUCCUGGACUCCAUUCCUGAGCAUAUUUGAAUCUGCUCAGUAGCUGCCAGGUGGGGGGCAUUGGAAAGAGCAUUUCUUGGCUCAAGGCCAGGAGCUGUACUUUGUGGAUCACAAGGGAGUCAGGGUCACAGAGGGAGACACAGGGAACUGGGACUUGAGAGACUCCCUCUCUUUUUCCCUCGCCACGCAAGGACCUUGCUUGCCUUCCUGGGGCUUGAUAGCAGUGGGUUCCUUUGCCCUCUCCUCAUAACCCCGCUGAGCACCCCCCAACCCCCAAUUCCUUACCUCCCUCCUGGGAAUGUGAGCUGCUCCUUGGAGCUGGGUCUUAAUUGUCAGUGUUAGAAACACAGAGUGGGGAUUAUUCCGGCUUUUUUGCUGCUCCUGCUAAGAUUCACAUUCCUUCCCCAGCCCUCCCUUUUUUUGGCCAAUUCAGUACUUAUUCAGCCUUUGUUAGAGGGCAAGCUGAAGAACAAAAAUAAUCCUUCACAUUUGUGCAGAGCUGUACAAAGUAGUCCCAUAGACCUCAAUUAUCUCCGCAGAGCCCCACAAGAACCCCAUGAAGAAGGUAAUGCUUCCCCUCUCGAAGGGGACCAUUGGAUCCUCAGAGUGGUUACACAUCCAGCCGGGGGUAAUCAGCUCGAACCCACGUGACCAGGCCCCGAGCUCAGUUCCUACAUGGUCCCAAGUCACCGAGGGAAUCUACUUUCCAUCAAUUCUUUUAUUUAAUCCUCACAACCACUGCUAUGGUUUGAGUGUCUCCCCAGAAUUCACGAGUUGGAAACUUAAUCCCCAAAGUCAUAUGUGAAUGGUCUUAAGAGAGUGAAAACUUACUCUGACUCUGGUCUUUAAAGGUGGGGUCUUAGAAGGUGAUUAGGAUGAAAGUCAUCAGGGUGGAGCACCAUGAUUGUUUUACUGCUGGCAUUUUAAGAAGAGGAUUUGAAGAGAUGUGUUUUUUAUCUUGAUUUAAACAUUACACAAUGUAUGCGUGUAUCAAAAUAUCACAUGGCACCUGGUUUAAAAACAAAGAGAGCAGAAGGUACAGAAAAAUGCCUUUGUGUGCUCCAUCUGGGUACUCUGCGAGCAAGAAAGCCCUCACCAGAGGGCCACCUGAUAACCUCCCCCUGUCCCACCCACUCUUGAACCUUGAACCUCCAGAAUCUGGAGUCAAAACAAACCUCUUUUCUUUAUAACUCAUCCAGUUUGUGGUAUUUUGUUCUUGGAA